AUGGCGGGGUUUCUUACUUCAUCAAAACAAAAUGAGAAAGAUUCAUUUGAUGAUGCAUAUGAAGAAGUUGAAGAAGAUGAUGUUCAAGAAUUUAGUUCUCUAAUGAAGUCACAACAAAAGACAACAACAAUAGAAAAAUCUUUGGGAAAGCGGAAGGCCAAGGAUUCCAUUGAAAAAUUUAUGGUUCCAAGGACAACCCCGGAGUCUCAACCAGGAAUCAAGAGUGCAUUUGCGAACAAACAAGCAAUUCAGAAGGCGCAUAUGGCUUUUGCACGGUGGUUUUAUGAUUCAUGCAUUCCAUUUAAUGCAUUGAAGUCACCUUAUUUUCAGGUAGCGUUGGAUGCCAUUGCUGGGAUUGGAUGUGGAUAUAAAGGCCCAUCUUAUAAUGAUAUGAGGAUUCAUUUACAAAAGAAUUGUAAAAAGGAAUGCCAGUUGCUUGUUGAUAACUUUAGAAGCAAUUGGGCUAGUUCUGGAUGUACGAUUAUGGGCGAUGGUUGGAGUGAUCAAAGACAAAGAACUUUGAUCAAUUUUUUGGUGUAUUGUCCUAAUGGCAUAUCUUUCAUAAAAUCUGUUGAUGCAUCAGAUAUGGUUAAGGAUGCCACAAAUUUGAUGAAUUUGUUUUCAGAGAUUGUGGAAUGGGUUGGGCCUUCAAAUGUUGUACAUUUGGUGACAGAUAAUGCUAGUAAUUAUGUUGCCGCAGGAAGACUAUUGCAUGAAAAAUAUAAUCACAUUUAUUGGUCUCCUUGUGCCGCACAUUGCCUAAAUUUGAUUUUGAGAGAUAUUGGGAAGAUGGAUCAUAUGGUUGCCCUUGCCUCACGGGCUUCUAAGGUAACCAUUUUUAUGUACAACCAUAUUUAUUUGUUGAGUUGGUUAAGAAAAAGGUUGGGUUGGAAAGAAAUUGUGCGCCCGGGAGCAACUCGUUUUGCUACCGUUUUUAUCACUCUAAAAAGCAUUUAUGAUCACAAACAUGAUUUGCAAGCUUUGGUAACCGACAAAUACUAUACUUGUCAUAGAUUGUCCAAAUCCGCCAUUGGUAAAUUGGUUUGUUCUAUUAUUUUGGACAACAAAUUUUGGGAUGAUUGCUUGUUGAUGGUGAAAAUAGCGGCUCCAAUAAUUAAGCUACUUCGUGUUGUGGAUGCCGAUGAGAAGCCUUCUCUUGGUUAUGUUUAUGAGGGAAUGUUUAGAAUUCGUAAAGGAAUCAUGUCUAUCUUUAGAGACAAGCAAAGGUUGUAUAAUCCUUACAUCAAAAUUGUUGAUGAAAGAUGGGAUAAGCAUUUUCGGCGCAACAUUCAUGCAGCUGCCUAUUUUCUCAACCCCGCUUUUUUAUAUGAUGAAAGCACAUUUGUAGAAACUCCAGAAGUAAUGCAAGGCCUACUUGAUUUGUUAGAGCAAAGAAGCAUAUGUAGCAAUAGUGAGAAGGCGAUGAAGGAGAUCAAAAUAUAUCGAGAUCGAUUAGGGAGUUUUAGUCGUGAAUCCGCUUUGCCGGCAUCUAAAAAUAUGCAACCAGCGGAAGAUGAAUGUCCUCCCGAACUUGAUUAUGAAGAAAUCAUGGAUGAUAAUGUUUAUGGAGAUGAUGCUAUUCCUAUAUUUGAUGAUCGUCAUGGUCAAGAUGACAUGGAUAUCCAAGAAGAAGUAAAUUUGCAAGAUUUUGGUGAUGUUGGUGGUGAUGUUGGUGGUGAUGUUGGUGGCCAUGCAAGCUUUGAUCAAAGAUUUGAUGGAAAUGAUGAUAUUAAUUUGAGUUUUGAUCCAAGUUCAUGGACCUAA